AUGUAUACGUUCGAGUGUACCUCCGUCGGUUGUGAAAAAGUUUUUUCUGCUAAACGUAAUAUGACCCGCCGCGUUAAAUCGUACGACAAUGUAAAAAUUCAAUGCGCUCUGUGUCCUAAAUCGUUUCCGCGUAUAGACAACCACGGUACUCGUGUUAAAAUUAUCCAUUUCGGAGGAAUGGUUGCAUUGCCAACUAUUUUUCCCGACAUGCAAACAGGACCGCCAAACGCCGUCGCUGAACCAUGGACUUCGACAGUGCCAUGGACUACCGACGAGGAAAAUGACGAGCUGUUUAUGAUAAUCGAUAUGGUUAUUUACGACGGUAAGAUUUCUCUUAUUAUGGCCCACCACAUAGCGAGGGAGUUGGUUUUUUAUUUAUUUUUAAUGUUCCCCUUAGAUAGGAAACGUGUGUUCAAAGAAGAAACCGCCGCUGAAAUGAAGAAAGCCAGGAUAGAGUUAGCGAAAACACCGGGAUUUCCAGAGGUAGAUUCGUCAUUUUCCCGCGAAAAAUCGUAUGGUACUAUGCCAGAAAUUUCAAUAACGUUCAAAAUUACAAAAAAUUUCUCAAAUCGUUAAAACCCGCACUAAUCGAAAUCCUCACAAAAAUUGUUCGAGAAAAAAGAAACAUUUUAUACUAACGUGAUCACAGAAUAUAUAUCACACAGAAUGUAAUGAAAAAUAUUAUUUGGAAAAAUAAUAAUUUCUUACAAUAUAUUCUCAUAAGAUAAUAAAAUAAUAGAAAGAAUAAAGAUAAAGAAAAUAAUAAUCAUAGGUAUGUGAUAACGAUGUAUGUGAUAACAGUAUGUAUAUGAUAAUGUCUCGAAAAAAUAUUUAAACAAUUCGGGUGGCCAUGUAUUAUGUAUAGCACCUGGCAUAGGUUAAUUAAGAACGUAGUAUUAGGGUCGCAGAUAAGAACUUUGGUAAUGAUAUCGUUGAUAAUAGAUAAGAACCGAUAAUAUUGUUAUGAUAUGCUAUUUAAGCUAUCAUAUAUAAUGUAAAUAAAAUGUAAUGUUAAUAAAAUGUAAUGUAAAUAAAAUGUAAUGUAAAUAAAAUGUAAUGUAAAUAAAAUGAUAUGUAAAUAAAAUGUAAUGUAAUGUAAGAGAUAAAUCAGACAAUUAAUAACAGGAACGAAAAUUAAGCAUAUAAAUUCAAUUCCAUAUUUUCUAUCAAAUAAUAUUUAUCUUAAUGCGAUAUUUACUUAUUGUAAUGAUAUGCUAUUUAAGCUAUCAUAUAUAGUUAAAAUAAAAUGUAAAAUAAUUAUAAUAAUUGAUAGCCAUUAAGUAUUAGAUUAAGUUGUUAGUAUUAACUAGAUUAAGACAACACAUUUACACACGCAUACACACAUAGGUCUCCAGUUAUAAGGAGGCCGGUCACUUCUAAUCAGCCCAGUGCGUGUAUUGUUCCCGUUCCUUUUGGACAGAUGAUCACAAGCGAGUAUAAAGACUGCGCAGAGAUUCUUACAAAGGCACGGGAACCUAGAACAGUGUUGUAUGAUUAUAAAUUAAUAAAAAAAAAACAAUUAGUUCAUUGAAAUCUUUUUAUUUACUUCGGUCACCUUUAUCAGAUUCAACAGAUCAAUUGCCGCCUGAAGGAGAAAUGUAAUUCAAUUUAUAAUUAACUUAAACAUGUGAAUCAAUUUUAUAUAGUUAGGCUGACCAUAUUUCUGAUUACAACAAUAUAUAACAGCUGAUAAGAACGUGGCUGUGGUCUAUAUGGUCGAUGAAGAGGUGGACAAUUCAGGCGGCCAUGUAUUAGGUAUAGCACCUGGGCUCUUUGCUCCUGCGCCUGGGAACCUGGCACCUGGCACCUGGGGUAGAACUCACUAA